CUAGCUACCACCAUCCCAAACUCUUCUCUUCCACACGCGUACGUACAAGGGGAGGAAAAAGGAAGGAGGACGCACGUACGAACGAGUCGAUUAUCUAUAGGAGUCGUCCAUCGAUCGAGAAACCAAGAUCAAGCCGGCCGGCGGAUCGAUCUCGUUGAAUAAAUGGAGAGGAGCAAAGGCUGCCUCUCCCUGCUGCUCCUCGCGGCCGUGGUGGCGUCCCUCGUCGCCGGCUCGUCGGCGGGCAUCUACCACAUCGUCGGCGCCGGCAAGGGCUGGCAGAUGGCCCCCAACCGGACCUACUACGGGGAAUGGGCCCGCACCCGGAACAUCAGCGUGGGCGACAAGCUCAUGUUCCUGUACCGGAGCGGGGUGUACAACAUCGUGGAGGUGCCGAGCCGGGACCUGUUCGACGGGUGCAGCAUGCGCAACAUCACCAACCGGUACCAGAACGGGCCCACCAUCAUCGAGCUCAUCCCGCCCGCCGGCCCGCGCUACUACUUCUGCGGCGUCGGCAAGCACUGCGAGGAGGGCCAGAAGCUCAAGAUCUACGUCGCCCCCUUCGCGCCCUCGCGCACGCAGAACGACGACCAGGCCGAAGAGCCCGACGACGACGGCGACGUCAUCUCCGGCUCGCCCGCCCCCGCCGCAGUGCCGCUGCUCGCCCUCGCCGCCUGCUUGCUGGCGCUUUCGCUCCUGCUGCUGAUGUAA